ACGCGACGGGUUCCCAUUAUUGCUUUCAAAGGCCAGGAACAAUGCUGCUCAGUGGUCCCGCCAAUGAUGAAAGGGACAUGACCAAGAAUCAGCGGGCACUCGUGGAUGCCUGCUUCGAGGAAGGCCAGUAUGAGGCCGGCAUAUCACUACUUAUGCAGUUACGUUCCCCGAGGUACAGGCCGUCGCCGUCGCAUAUACGUCAACUACUGUACAUUGCAUUAUAUCCGCCUCCGGACAGAGAGAGUGAGGGACUCAAGGCUGUAUAUGCGUCUCCUAGCAAGAUAGCUCCCGCGAAACAGAAGAAGUCUGCGCUUGUUCCUACUCUUACAGCAUCUGAGGCUGCACGUCAAUGCUUGACGUCCUUCGCGGCGACGAAUACUCCUGCAUCUAUUCUGCGUGCCUUGCCGAGCUACCCAGGCCCUGAAGAGCCCGUGGCCGACGAGGCACACGACAUAGGGGACGAAGAUGAAGACUCCUUCAUAUCUCGUGAAGCCACCAACAUAAAGCAGUGUAAGAACUGCUGGGCAGUCUUGCGCGAGGGAUUCAUCAAUUGCAGUAAUAAUGAGUCGUCUGCGAGGGACAAGUCCACUAGACGUAGGAAAUCCACGUGGGACGGUGGCAGUGAUAAAGAUAGCGAGAUCCUGGAUCCAGAGGCGCCUGCGAUGGUUGGCCCACAGUCAUGGCCUGUCCUCGACUGGCUCCUUGACGUCUUCGAGAAAGACGAACGCCUUACGGAGAAUAGCGGAAACCCGCGGUACUCCCCUCUUCUGUUACGCCAGAUCCCUCCUGCAAGGGCCGGCACAGGGUCACGGUGGGAAGCCGACAUCCCCCUUGACAUAGUGUUCUAUUGCUUGAAUCAACCAGAACCGUCCCGGAGAUUUGCUGGCGCUCGAUUGAUGAAGUUGAUGGUCAACUUAACCUCCGUGGUAUAUUUCGACGCAGCUAUUUUCACUAGCGCUGUUUUUGCGCGAUUGACUGCGCAGAAGUAUCCAAGCUUCUCCGAGUUCUUCUCAGUCCUGCCUGCAUCCCUGGUCGGGAGUAAGUUCAAAUUGGCAUUGUGCCGGAAGUAUCUUGUUCGCCCUUCAGGGCAAAGUGCCCAGGCAGCAAGUGGCCCCAGGUUUCAGGGCCGAAUACAACCCCGCGCCCGACGACGAGGGGGUGUUCAAACCGGAGUCGCAGAAACCGCACAAAACUCGAAGCCUACCUCUUCCGACCCUCAUCCCCAUACUAUAGCCAGCAAACUCCCGGUCCCUCCCGCCGGUGAGGUUCUCACCUCUCUCCAGGCUUCUCGUGCGGAUCGGAGAAUCGAAGAGCUAAAGAUAAAGUUCGAAUGGAUCGUGACAUACGGAAAGGUCCAGGAAGCAGUACCUCCUGAAGGUAAAGACAACGAGUGGAUUCGGUUACUUGAAGAUGGGGCUUUCAAGAGGGCUGUGGGGCAAACUUUUGAGGAGACGCCGGGCGACACAGGAGAGCAGGAUGUCUGUCAGUGUAUGAAGGAGCUACUCCUAGACAUGCUAAGUCACUGGCAAAACAUCGACGCCCCCGCAGGGCCUGCCGGGCAGUGUGACCAGCUAUGUACUUAGUAACCCAUGUAAGUCUUAUCCAUGACUGCGGAUGUGAAUUGAGUCUAUCUAUAAUCGGG